AUGGCAAAUAGAGUAGUCUCUCCCAGCCGCGGCGGCAAGCAGACGGACUCCGCCGCCGCAAGAAGCCGACGCGGAGCUGAGCCGAUCCGGAAGUGGACGGUGCGUUACGAAAUUCAAAUUCCCGCAAACAACGAUUUCCAGAUCACGCGGAGAAUCAUCGGUGUUCGGGGCAACAACAUGAAGAGUGUGAAUCAAGCCACUGGCGCUAAGUUGCGCCUCCGGGGUCGGGGCUCCGGAUACUUGGAGGGCCUGGGCAAAGAGGAAGCGAACGAGCCAUUGCAUCUGUGCAUAAGUUGCACGGAUGAGGCGGGCUACCGUAAUGCCCGACAACGGACCGAGCUAUUGCUAAAGACAGUUUACGACGAAUUCGACCAGUGGUGUCUAGAACGAGGAAUCAAACCACCACGUCUCGCCAUCAAGGCGAAGGAACUACUAUGUAUGCACUCUCCUGUAUGA